AUGGAAAAUAGUGUGAUUAGAGAUUAUUCAACUAGAUUAAUAGGAUACUAUGGGCUAACAGGUAUGAAAGCGAUUUCACUAUUAGUAUCAAUUGGUUGCUUGGUUGGUGUUCUCUUUUUAGUUAAUGCUGCAGCCAAUGUUUCUUCCUAUUGGUCUCCCAUGAAAGCAUAUAAUCCAAGCUUACAAGAUGUAGGAAACAGUUUUUUCAACAACGGAUUUCUAGUUGAGUCAAAUUACAAUGAGGUAGUUGAUAUAAUAAUGAUAUGUUUUUUGGGGGUUACCGCCUUUUUCAUUUUAAUUAACAAAAUGGCUAUAUUCAUUGCACUUAAGCUUAUAAUUACUAUAAUUAUUGCAUAUACACUAAGAUGCACCACAUUAAUGGUUACUUCUCUUCCAGACUCAUGGGACCAGGGGCUGCGAACCAUAAAUGAUACAUUUUCAGACAUGUCUCGGCAAAGAGGAGGAGAUCUUAUAUACAGUGGGCAUACUUUACUUGUUUGUGCAUUUGCACACUGCUGGAGUUCAUUUUAUCUUUUAACUGACUCAUUUUUUAUGCAUGUUUUGACGGGUCUUUGCGCAUGGGCAGUCUUUGGAACAAUUAUAAUAUUUAUUAUAGUUGGAAGGUUGCACUACACAAUUGAUGUUCUAUUAGCAAUGUAUAUCACCUCUGGAGUUUGGUGGAGCUUAGACUAUUUCUUGCUCCAGUACUUUGAAGCGCCAGUUUGCCAACUUAUUUUUAGAGAAACAAGAAGAAUGCCAAUGGAUAGUAAAGCAUGCGAUACUACUAUAGAGAUCCCUAGAACAAUUUCACAACAUCGAAAUGUAUGAUAUUUAGACUGCUAAAUUAACCCCAAUAGACACUUUUGCUAUUUUAACCCAAAAUUAAAUGCACUUUUAU